AUGAAUCGGUUUCGAAGCCGCAAGAAACGGGGUGAUGGGCCUGAUCCAUCAGAUGCCCCUCCAGUCCCUAUAUUCUCCAAGCAGUUUUUCAAGAAGAAGCCUGAGCCAGAGCAGCCUCCGAAGAUAGAUCUAGCGACAGCGCUACCUACAGAUAAUGACUUCCGAACCAGUUUGCUGAUGCCCAAUCUAUCGGCAAGAUUCAGCAUGUUGCGCGAGCAGGACGACCCCAACUCGAAAAUCGGAAAGGCCAACGAUGACAGUGUCCUGUUCCCAAAGAGAGCAUCUAGAUUAAACCUAUUUGCCCACUCACAGCUGGCGGACAUUACUGAAGUCGGGUCAUUACACGGCUCUGACCGGCCUUCCCUCAAUAUCGGUCGAUCCUCCUACGCUUCUGGUUCGACGGAUGACGAUUGCCACACUCCAUCAAGCAUCAUGACUAGAUCGAGGCCAGUUGAAGGCAACACACUGUUUGGAGGACGUCAAAAGGUUUACAAGAUACCAAAUACACGCAGUGAGCCUGCUUCCGAGAAUGAAGGCGGGUCGGAGGGAGAUAGGCAGAGCGCAACGAUGGGAGGGAAACAACUAUAUCAAAAUGACGUUGGAUCUAUAUUUCAACGGCCAAAGGAUGACGACUCGAAAUCGGAGCCAGAUCUGCGUCCAGACUCUACAACCCUUGCUCCUCUCCCGUUGUCCAGGCAAACAGAAUCAUCCUCUUUUGUUGUUUCCGACAACAGGAAUUCCGCUUCCACGACUUCGGCCAAUUCUCAGGGCCUUGCUUCCAGGCAAGGUUCAGUGACUGCAGAGACUUCUACAAGAAGCACUCAGAAUUCGAGCGGGAUGAGUCUUGAGAGAAACCCUACAAAGUCUAGACGGCUGUAUGACCGUGGUUUGGAGCUUCAGAAUCAGCCUCCUGCGCUUUCAAGGCUGGAGAGCAUCAGCCGCCAGCGAUCCAUCGCAAGUGACAACGGUCUCAUCAAACGAUCUCUGUCUAAAAGCGCUGUCAAUCUCAACGAAAGAUACCAGAAGCUAUCUCCAGUCUAUUCCUCUUCGUCCUUUAGGCCAACCAGCCCUCCACCGUCAUCAGCUUCUUCAGUCGUAGGAAACCCAGAGCCCAGAAGGCCGUCCCCAGUCAGCACUAUAAACUCUCCUCAGGGGCUCGUGGCGGGAUCUCCACUGAGCCCGCCUGCGAGUGAGACCGACGAAGGAUCUUCAUUUGCAGCUGCGAUUCAACCAGAAGACCGCGGAAAGGCCACAGCAACAGGCCUAUUCAAUAAGCCUCCGUCAAAGUACGAUGAUAACCAAUUUUCUCAGCGCCAGAUUCAAAUUCACGAGAACAAAAGCAAUGCAUCAUUGCAACGGCCAACUUUGGCUCGAAUAGGCUCUGACCUUACUGAUCCUGGGCGACCAAAAGAUAUGUCUAUUGCCAGUCAUCAACCAAAGCCGGAAUCCCCAGGAUUGCCUACUAGUCAGAACUCCCCUCUCUCAACACCCCAUAGCAUGGAUUUCCGUCCAACACCUUUGCGGUCUGAGAAACCACGACUUCCAAUCAACCCUUCCACAUUUUUGGCAGACUUUAGUGGAAGUGAAUCUGGAAGCGAGGCCGAGGAAGAUAUGUCAAACGCACGGGUAUCUCCACUGUUCCAUCCUCACGAAAGUGUUGGAUCUCCCCUAAGAGUCAGCAUGGAAUCUGGUGACUCUGUUACUCCAGUUCCUUUCACCAAACCCUCUCAUCCUGCCCUUGGAGGCGAAUUUAAUUAUUCAGAAUCCCGAGACUUGAACACAAUCAAGGAAGAUGAACCCGUCCCUGAUCCUGUUCUAACUGUUCAAGAACCACCGCAACAAAUAGAAUCUGAAUCUCCUAUUCUAGGUCCAACUGGACUCAGUGGUUUGAUUCGGGCUCACCUUAGGCAGGAUAGUGACAAAUCUACAAUAUAUCCCCCGCCAUCGCCAAUCUCUAUGGGUCCACCAUCAGAACAUUCUCGCCCGAGUAACCCUCAGGUCCAAGAAGCUAGAUCCUCAGACCUUGCAGUCAGCAUUCAUAGCAACCCCUGGGAAUAUGAUGAUUGGGCUAGGCCGACUCAUCAACCGGCAGAGCCAACUGAACGCGGCAGUCAGCCGGAAUCAGACUUCAUAAGCAUGUCUUUGCGCGCAAAGCAAAUGCUCGGUCAAGCAACUGCUCUCAGCAAGGGAAACGAGAAAGAAAAUACCCCUGGCGCUGGAAGCCUGGAAGAGCAAGCCUCUGCCCCUUCUAUGUCUACUGUCCCCAAAACGUCUCCAACCGCUUCCCAGGCCCCCUGGGAGGAAGAAAUUAAGUUUGGUCAUCGUCGCGGAGGAAGUACAGAAACCCAGAUGGAAAGGGAAGAGUUUGCUAAUGAACUAGCUGAAAGACGGCGUAAAGUUCAAGAAAAACUGAAGAACUUUGCGGAAAACGAAAGCAGGUCUUCCAGCCCGGCACCUAGUUAUCGUUUCCCAGACGGUAAUGGAAACGGUACUCAAAGCCCCAGCAAGACCGGAAAUGCCUUUGCAAUUCUCAAGGCCAAAACAUCCAGGAGCCAAAACAAUCAACCAAAACAGGAUCACCCAUUGGCUAAGUCGAAACUCUUAGGUUUGGAUAAGCCGCAUUUCAACUCAUCAGCCCCGAAUCUGCAGCAAAGCAAUGAAAUGUGGCGGGAAGAAGAAGAAAGGACAAGGCGUCUAGCCCGAAAAUCUCGGGCUGAAUCUCCAAUGGGAGCGAACCGACACCAUGGCUGGGGUCGUCAACCUCCGCCGCCACCACAGUCAACCACACCGCAGUCGCGCCGGAGUGAGGAAGAUACCAGGGUUUCUACCCGGGAUAGUGCUUCAUCAACUUGGAGGAGUGGGCCCAGGGACAGAUCCGACUCUGACACCUCUGGUCGCUCAAAGAGUCGACCUAGAUACCGUGAAGAUCUUGGAGCUGUUAGAGAAAGCGUCGAACAACCACGGAUGGGUAGACCAUCUAUUGAGGAGAAGUCAUCGAUGAGCUUAUCGAGUCGACCUUCUGUUGAGUCGACUGACCGUAGAACAAGGGAUCGUUCGGCAUCUACAGGUAGAUACAGGAGUAACUCUCGACCAGCGGCUCCAAACUACAUUGACCUCCAAUCUCUUCCUGCGCCGAGCCCUACGCUUCAACAUCCUGCCAUGGUCCACUCACCAAGACCCCCUCCUUCGCCAAACACCCAUCCUUAUUCAGCCAAUGCUACUCCUCCCAUCCUUGAGAGCUCGCCCACACCGUCUAACCCAGCUAUGGGAGGAUAUGGGGUGCCUCCUAUGCAAUACCCUCACCCUCCACGAAACUCUCCUGUUCCCAGCCCCAAUAUCACACAACAGAGUCUAGGUUCCCAUAAAAGAUUGGUAGAUAAGUCUCAAAUUUCAGAGCCUACCUUUAUUUCGACUACAUCCAACGUUCCCACCGUUGGCUUGCCUGCGGGAGCUAGUCUCGCCAAUGGAGCCCCGACACCUCCACUUCCUCCGAUGAACCCUAGGAGAAGGCGUCAAACAACUACGCACAACAUCCUUGGCGCACUCAAGGGAUCCUCGCCUUCUGAUAGACCAGAUCAAUACCAUUACAAUCAUAAACACCACAACCAGAACUAUCCCAGCGCCCCUCGGAGGUCAGAGGAACACAGCACGUUUUCAGAUGACGAAAAACGUCCACGGGCUCGGCAGAGACUCAGAAAGAUCUCAAGCGAAGGAGGGAACCUUAACGCUAAGGCUAGACAUCAUUUGAUGAAUGGGAACCAGCCAGCUUUACCACCGCCCUCAAGACAUAACCGAGUCGAGGGCCUACUAUGA